GAUGUUUGGGAUUUGGGAUUUGAGAGAUACUUGCUUACAUCGAUACUCGAAUACAAUACAAUACAAUACAAUACAGUACAACCUUUUGAAUUUCCCAUCUGAGAGAUUGGAUUUGGAUUUGGAUUUGGAUUUAGAAGAUUCUUGUAUUGUUUAUCUUUAUCUUUCCGGAGAGAAAUAGAGAGGAGCGGAGCGGAGAUAUGGCGCCAGCAGAAUCGCAAGGGACAUUCGACGCGAAGAAUGAUGUGGGAUUGAAACGAUUGGGGUUUUUGAUGAAGGGCUGGAAGGGUAGUAAGGAGGGGUAUAUUGGAUGGGGUCACGAUCUCCUACCUUCUCUUUCGCUUUCUACAGAUCCGGAACAUCAUAAGGAGAAUGUGACGACGUUUAUCUUUAAACCGACUGUGCAUCAUUGCAACGCAAACUCCACCGUCCACGGCGGCUGCAUCGCAACCGUCUUCGAUGCCUGCACAUCCGUAGCUCUGAUGGGUCGAUACAGUGCUCAGAAAUGGGGCGGUGGUGGAGUCAGUAGAGGACUCGGGUGUACGUAUUUGAAAGGAAUUACUAUUCAUGAGGAAUCUGAAGGAGAAGAGGGGAAGAAUGAUGUUUUGGUUGAGUGUGAAGUUGUGGGGGGGUUGGGGAAGAGAAAUGUGGUUUUGAGAGCAACCAUGAAACGCAGAACCGGCGAAGUCCUCGCAAUUUGCGAACACAGCAAGGUGAACAUUGUGGGCGUGGAAUUACCCGGUUCGAAGGAGAAGGGAAGGGAGGGGAAAGAGUCGAAAUUGUAGAUUUUUUGAGAGUUGAGAGGGGAGAGGAGAGCGAGUGGAGGUUGGAGCAGAUGUUUGAUGGUGGAUGGGGGGGAGGAGGAAAGGGGUAUGUAAAUAAAUAGGUGGAUAUAUGAGUAGAUGAAUGAAUAAAUAAAUAAAUAGAUGGAGAUGAUCA